UCUCAAUCUUCGGUCGGGAGGGGUUCUAAUCGCAGCGAGUGGACUGGCUGGUAUGUUGAGAAAACACUAGCGACCGACCGCAGCCACAUCAGCUUGAUCUCAGAGAGCGAAGAUCCAAUAUCAAUACCAAACACCGAACAUCAUCUGUCAUUUAUUGCCAAUUUGUAAAGACUUCAUUGACGUCGCCCCAUGGAAGUUUUGGGGCCCGAUUAACUCAUACACCGUACCGUCAAGUCCGGGAAUCUCUAGCCUAGACUCCAUGGAGUCUAAGGCUGCCCGCUAUCUUAGGUUGAAGCAGCUCUCCAGCCAGUAGUCUCCAUCAUCUCUCGGUCUUCUACUCUAACGUUGCGAACUUGGGGCGAAAACGAAUGCUGUGGGGACAACCGAACGGCUUUUGGGUACGGAUGUUGAUGUUCGCGAUGCCCAAGGACCAAGGAAGAUCCCAAGCUGCCCAACUGCUUGAUCUGUGAGAUUGGCAGUGAUUUACACGCAAUCCGUACAAGUAGCGGAAUUCAGUCUACCUCCGUACUUUAGUAGCGUUUACUGCUUAGUUUACUUACGCAGCCCCUGCGGCAAGUUUAGCGGCGGCGUGUCCAACCCCCCCUUUUACUCGAGUAAGGGCAUCGGCUAUCCUAUCAGAUCCGAUUACAGUGGUGUACGGGCCCACGGGGUAUUCUGGCUUUUAUAACGGCGUCCCUCGCCGUGACCAGGCGGGAUCAUCACGUCUACUUCGAAGUAGCUAGGCUCACUACCCAUCAGAGCAGAGGCGCUCGUCUCGUCGUCGCCAAGCUCAACGUCUCUGUCAAGUCCCGGCAUUCAGCCUGUCUUGAAAACCCUCAGACGCUGGCCGUUGGUCUUCCCCUCCACACUGGACACUCCGUCCUACGAACCGAUAUCGCUUCUGCUUGAUCUCGUUGUAGUGGCAGCAUCAGAGCCCGUCCAGCAGCUCUGUGGUGACUGGGAGAAAGCCACGGCCACAGCUGCCGGCAACAGUUACAUCUACAGCUACAGCUACAGCUACGGAGAGCUACUCCCUCCUAGGAACUGCCUACCGCAAGCCCUGCAGUCCUGUAGCUUGAAUAGCUUCUCGCUCAUUGCCCCUUCAAGCUUUUUUCCGACAUUACUGCGCCGUACUCCGUACUUUACGGUACAGCAACCCACCUGCACCCACCAGAGUCCCACGCCCUGCCCAUUGCCUUCCAAGCGACAAGCCCCCCCUUCUCCCCUUCCCACCCCCAAGCACCAAGCAAGCAGCAGCACCAAGCAAGCUCCAGCAACCUGAACCUCCGCGCGCCCUGUCCCGCAGCCGCACCGCACGCAUAUCCCAGUCCAGGGAUCCCCUCCCACCCAUCGUUGCUGCACUGACGCCCCCAGUUACUAGUGCUCAGUCCAGAGCUUCUCUUCGCUCGUCUCGCAUAUCUGCUUGCUGGCUGCAUCCAGGCGAGAAAGGCUUUCCUCCUGACGUCCACAUCCACCUCUGCCUACUCUGUUCUGCGUUUUGCGGUAGCAGUAGACGAACACCAACACCUCAACCUACCAGAAGCGCCGCCUCGCAUUGCAUCUUCCAGAAGGCCGAUCCACCUUCGUAGUCCUCUCAUAGGCUUUCCCUCAUAUUACAGCACAUCACAUCACCGGUACGAGUCCCCUAGAGCCGUAGCAAGGCCACACUCACUUACUCACUCCCUCACCCAUACCAGCCAUUCUCCUGCACUAGACAUUUUCGUGCCCGACAGCUGUCCCCUGCCUCAGAACCGAGGGUGGUUCAUGCUUUUUCGAGCCUCUACUGAUCAACGUGGGCGCAACCAGAAUACGGAAGACUGUGAAAAAAACCUUUCGAUAUCAACCUCAAGCGCGCUUCCUUGGGAAAACGGUUGUACUGCACCCGUUACAUGAUACACUCCCUUCCUCAACACGUCAGCCUGUCCUACCCACCAAGUGCAGAUGAUCUUUCCGCAAGCUCCCAACGUCUCUGUGUUCAUCGAGGACCUGUAAGAAGCCGCCGAGCUCGACUGCCGUCCAUGGCCUCUACUGCGGUGGUCGCCUGAGUUUUGUGAAUAGUUAUGAUGGACAUUGUAGGGCCUGACCAGAAGCGUCCGCGGUUAUCAGGGCCACCACCUGGACAAUGGCAAAGCUCAACCGAGGGAUCGAGGCAUUUGCCACAUCCAGCAUCCGCUCCCUACCACACAUCGCCGUUUUCACGUCCUGAGCCUCAAUAUCCUAUAGACCGUCGGCCAUCAGGCCAUAGCGAUCACCCACAGUACGAACAUCAAAGACCCAACUCGGGUCCAACACAUGGGUACCACCCACCACCUCCUCCACCACCUCCAUUUGGAGCACCACAACGAGAACCGACCAUGGUGAAGAGGGAUCCAUCGGAUGAACCUCCUUCUCAGUACCGACCCUCCUCGACCGGAACACCAACAGAGAAGGGCGUAAAUACACCUAUACUUCAUGAUGCACCACGAGUCGGAGGAUACCCACACCCACUGCCCCCAUUUGCCCAUCACGAACAACAACAUCCGUCCUACAGACCAGCACCCGCCUCAUUUCCGCCUCCUCAAAGUCCCAUGACGGCCACUGAACCGUACAGCCAUCAACAUUUUGCUGGUCCUCCCCCAGCACCACGAGAUGUACCAUAUUCCGUAUCAUACCCGGCUGCGUCAACCGCGCAAAGCGCGAAACGACCCAAGGCCCAACGCGCGGCGCAAGCAUGCGACAGCUGUCGUACACUGAAAGGAAAAUGUGACGAAGGACGUCCGGGUUGCAGCAGUUGUAGAGAAAAGGGGAUAGAAUGUCGCUAUCGCGAUCCGCCUCCGAAGCAGUACGUAGAACAGUAGCACUAUGUUUGAUCAUUUUGGCUGACAGAAAUAGACAAGACAAAGCGCAGGGUGAAAUUAUAGACACGCUAUCUCGGAUUGAAACAUAUAUUCUUGGCAUGCAAAAGGAGAUGCUGGAGAUGCAAAAGGUUCAAGCGAACAUUCUUAGUCGCCAAUCAAAUGGAGAGAGUCAAGCGCCCUUGAAAAGGGAAAAUCAGGAAUCGGCGCCUAGUUUGGUGGAUACUAAUAUCUAUAUGAGACGUCCAGAAUCAGAUCCCCAAGUCUUGAUGUCCGAGUCACCACAUACAUCCACGCCUGGCAAUUUCCAGCAUAGAGACUCGUCUAGCCAACUUCAACAGCGAGAUGGACCAAGUAUAAUGCAUUUGCUUGAUGCAGAAAAUCCACCACUUUCCCCCAGAGCCGACGAGGAAGAGGAAGAAGAAGGAGGAGACCCUGGGCCGCCCAAGGCGCCUUCUAUUCCAGUAAAUCACACAACGGGAGCAGCAAGAUUAUUGUUGGUUCCUUCUAUCAAGGAAUUGUGCAGGGGGAUUAUAGAAACGACCCGAAUAAAGAACGAAAAGUACCCAAUCAUCCAGGAGGAGAAACGAGGUCUUUUGAGGCUCUAUGGACGAGGGGAAGGAAUUGACGCGCCCCCAGGAUAUGACCGCGACCCUCUUAUUGACCAUGGGUCCGACCACAGCAAUGCGGGCGACACCAGCUCAGAUGUAUCUUCUCCUGCUGGGGAGGAAUGGGGUCAGAUUGGGGGACUUACGCCACCCGGGAACCCACCUCCGGAAUUUCAGCGCGGAAACAUUAAUUUCGAAGGGAUGCCCGAUUUUUCGAGGGAGACUGUUAUCAGCUUGGUGGAAAGUUACAAGAAGAAUAUUAAUACCAUGCACCCUAUUUUAGUCCCUUCACGACUAGAUGUGCUGAUAGAGAACUUCUUGAAAUCAACUCCAGAAAGUCAGGCAAAGCCCAAACAGGUCUCUUCGCUUGUAGCUGGAUUUGCUACAUCUGUAUCUGCUGGGUUUGUGGGUAGCAGGAACCCGGAGAGCCCAGGCCACAAGAGAAAAAGGUCGCCUGGCUUGGGGGACCACCCAGAAGUCCACACGCCAUGGGACAUCAAACCUGGACACCCGUACAGAUCAAUAAGUUCCGCCUUGGUGCUGUUAGUCCUAGCCCUUGGCGCGGUUUCUAAACACAAGGGAGCAAUACCUGACGUGGUGACUGAAAGAGAGCCGGAUGGAUCGUGGAGCAACUCACCCACAAUGCGAAAUGGGAUCCCACAAUCUCCCAUACAAAGCUCUCCUUCAUUGUCAACUCCCAUGGGCAUGCCCUCACCUCAGGACACUGAUAGAGCCCAACCUAGGAGUAGAAGAACCUCAAUUGAAGGUGCUUAUACGACACGGAUGAAUGGGGGUACGAAGGCAAAGAAUCUUGAUGUUAUUCCAGGUUUAUUCUAUUUUGCUCUGGCCACCGACAUUAUUGGCAAUCAGCUUGGAGGGAACAGUCUUCAGCAUGUUCAUGUGAACAUUCUUGCUGGUCUUUAUCACGGGCAACUCGCGAGAGUAAUGGAAAGUCAUGCAUACAUACACGAGGCUUGUCGAGGGCUCCAAGUCAUCCUCAGACCGUAAAUUUUGUCCCGCCUUGAUUCCUAAUCGUUUUUGACUAAUUGUGCGCUAGAAAAUUGGACAGAUUUACGGCUAGCAAAAAGCAAUGUACGGUUGUGCCUGCAAAGGACAACCCACUUGUGAUAGCGUUCUGGACAUGUCUGCAACUUGAAAGGUACAUUCAUUCGAAUAUCACGCAAAUCACGUUAUACUAAUACGUGUUAGUGAUAUUGUCGCGGAAUUGCCCUGCCCGCACUCAGGUAUCCUCACGUACGAGGAAGAUAUGCCCAGUCCCAACCUCGGUGUAAUGCAGCAAGAUGGGUUCGAUCCAAUUGUAGUCGAGAGCUACUCGGCCCAAUUGUUCCUGCGAAAACAUCUGAAUCUGUUGCACAAUAUGUUCUAUAAGCCCGAGACUGGUUAGUUAUCCACAGCAGCCUAGCGAAGAAGCUUGCGACUAAUUUUGGACAAAGACUCCCAAUUCCCAUCUGUGUAUGCGGGUAAAGAGCCCAAACAUUUUCCUACCAUUGAAGCCUGCCAGGAGAGUCUGAAUAAUAUCCCUGGCUUUGCGCCAACUAUGGCAUGGAAAGAAAAUGAUCCUCCAGCAACCGAUAUACUCGGGGCCCGGUUAAGAGCCAAGUAUUAUGGCGCCCAAGUCAUCACAUAUCGUCAUUUCGUUUUGAGGAUUCUUGACAUAAACCACGCCUCCAAGGCCCAGUCUAAAGACAACCAUAAAAAGCCAUGGGCGGGGGAGAUGAGUAAUGAAUUCAAGAGCGGUGUACCUGUACCUGCGGCCAACGAGGAUCAUAUCGACAAAAAAGCUCUCGAGUAUUCGGAAUUUUGUAUCAAAGCACUUAUCCAGAGUACAAAGGCAUUCCAUGGGCUUGGAGACCCAGGAAAAGAUCGAUUGAUCGUAACCAACAUCUGGGGAACUGCACAUGCGUAUGUUCUGCCCCCACCCUUUUUCCUUCAUUCACAAAAACUCUUGCUAACCUGAUACAAACAGUCAAUGGGGAAACAUGCUCACCUUACAAGCUGCAUACAACGACCCAAUCCUCUGUAAAUUCGUCAACGAAGCCGAACUAAAAGAUCUUCUCGAGAAAACCAUGUCAAUGCUCAAACUCGUCGCGCAGCGUAGUUCGGCUCUGUGGAAGGACUACCUUAUUCUUAGCCAUACCGGUCGACAUCUUGGACUUUUAGGUCCUGGUCCGGGUCCCAGCGCGAAUGUUAGCUUUUCGAGUGGGACGCCGGCUGAUACGGUUAUGGGUGGGCGUUAAAAGGCGGUCUUGAGUUGCUAUCAUAUCAUCAUCAUGUUUCAAGAAAGAAAUCGUACAUAAUAUUUGCAUUUGUUUGGAAAUCGGACUGCGCAUGAAGGUCUGGUUUUGGGAAGGUGGCGGCUUGAAUCAUCAGCAUCUUUAGCGAUGGCGCUUUUGCUCACACUGUUUUUUUGUUGUCUGGUCCUUAUCUAUCUUUUAUAAUCAUUUGUUUGCGAGCGGAAGGGAAAUGUUACAUACCUUGUCGAGAUGGAUGACGUAUGGCGUGGAUGGUUGUGAUGUUGCGAA